CCCCAGCUUCUCCCUCAUAUCGUGAAUGUCGCUGCUCUCUGAUGCAGAAUCUGACUCAGACUUUCAACUUACAAUAAAUGAGCACUAUGCUCAGGCGUUUCAGUAUAAGAAAGAGCGCGAAGAGCUCGAACAAUUGAAACUCAAGUACGGCUCGGAUGAGGAGGAAAACAACUCGGAAACAGAUUCUGAGGAAGAUGAGUCAGAAGAUGAGGAUGGGGAAGAACUGACACCUGCGGUGGAUGCUGCUAUUCUACGCACACUGGCUAGGAUCAAACGAAAGGAUCCAGAGAUAUACAACAAUAAAACGGGUAUUUUUGAAGAGGAGCAGAAAAAGUUGGGUUCAACCAAACCUGUCUCCAAGCGGCCCAAGGACAAGGCAAGACCUAUUACAAUGCGCCAAGUGGCCAUGGAAGCCCAACUGCAAGGCGACUCUCGUUCUCCGUCGCCGGAACCUCUCACUCAUUCAGAGGAGCAGCGACGCCUGCGAGACGAAACGAUUGCCGUGUUUCACCAGCUUGGCGAUGACAAUAGUGAAGGCGACGAUUUGUUCGUUCCUCGUGAAAAAACCAAAGAUGAACAGGAACAAGAAGAAGAAGAGUAUCGUUCUUUUUUGGAACGGGAAGUGGGUGGGGAUUUAAAGACCUUGGUCUCGGUUGAAGAAAAUACCUGGAAGGAGGAAACUCCGCCAUCAAUUGAAAGCAAACAGAAGAAAAAGAAGAACAAGAAGGGCAAAGUCGUUAAGAAAGUCGAAGAUGACGAUCAGGAGUUUCUCAUAAAUUACAUCCUUAACCGCGGGUGGAUUGAUCGUUCAACCAACCGUGUGCCAACAUACAAAGAGGUCGUUGCCCCCAAGAAAGGUAAGGGCAAGGCUACAGAUGAAGAGGGGAGCUUGGAGGAUGCAAAUCCCUCUCAUUUCAAAGAAGACAUACACCCAACAGCUGACUCUGACAUUGAUGAGGAGGAAUUCGAAGAAAUAGUUGAUCGGUUUGAAAGCUCGUAUAAUUUCCGUUUCGAAGAACCUGAUGCAGCUGUCAUUCAAACACAUCCUCGUCAGAUACCAUCUCUCAUUCGGCGGGAAGAUACUACGCGAAAAGAGGCUCGUGAGAGGCGGAAGAAACGACGAGAAGAGGAAAUAGAAAAGAAACGUGAGGAGGUGAAAAGAAUGAAGGCGCUCAAGAUGAAAGAGCUACGAAUGAGACUGGAUCGGAUUGGCAAACAGGGUGGAAAGAACGCUGAAGAUGAUCCUGCUUUACAAGAAUUGGAUCUCGAGGGUGAAUGGGAUCCUGAAGCGCAUGAUCGACAGAUGGCAGCUUUAUAUGGCGACGACGCCGACUAUGACGAAGAUGGUAAACCGUCCUGGGACGAUGACAUCAACAUUGGUGAUAUAGCGAUGGCGAAUAAUUCUGAGAGUACACGCCAGAAGAAGAAAAAAAAAAAGAAAGGCGAAAAGGCAGUCGAAGAGGAUGGAGUAUCCGUUGACGCAAUGGAUGCUGACAUAGACAAAGUUGACGACGAUGAGUGGGAUGGGACUGAGGAAAUGCGAAAGAAGAAAAUUGAAGAAUAUAUGGACGAAGUAUAUGGUUUGGAUUUCAAUGACAUGGUCGGCGGAAUCCCCACAAGGUUCCAGUAUACACACGUCGAACCAGAAAACUUCCACCUCUCGCCAACAGAAAUUCUGAUGGCCACCGAUGCCGAGUUGAACGAGUACAUGGGUAUCAAAAAGUUUGCGCCAUAUCGAAAAGCUGGGAAAUGGGACUCGAACAGGGGUGAUCGUCUGAAGGAAUUGAGGCAGAAAAUCGGGGAGAGGGGGUACGGCGGAGAUAUAACACAAGACGACAAAGCUGUUAAAAAGCGAAAGGGCAAGAAGGAGAGGAUGAGAAUGAAAACGUUGCUGGAUCCGGAUGUAGGGGAAGAUGUAGAAAAGGAAGUCGAGGUUACAGGAAAGAGUGCAAUGCCUGAGAACUUGAAGAGAAAGCAGCCAUCCGGGGAUGUACUCGAUGAAUCAGAGGAAGCAGCACAGAAGAAAAAACGAAGGCGGCACAAGAAGAAGAAUCAUAGUGAAGAUUCACCAUGAUAUUUCAAUGAUUUGCCUACUACAGUUUACUCAUAUCGUAAAUCUUGACUCUACUCGGGAUUUAGGUGGCUUUAAGUUCUAAUGAGUCGAUCGAUGGUCCUGUUCUCUUAUAUUGAAUGAUUGAUUGAACC